CUGCCAUCUUCCUUUCUCCCACCCGCCUCUCUCCCAUUGUUCCUCCUCUCUGCGACACACCACCCAGGCGAUAAAAUGUCGUAUCUACCAAAGACACCUUCUCGUCAUCACCGCUCGCGGUCGGAAACGAAGACCCCACUCACACCAUCGCUCACCUCUGGCUUGAACGCGCUCAGUCUGGGAUUCCCGCGUCAAGGCUCGAGCUCGCCAGCAAAGACAAAGGCGGACGUAUCUAUCAACCCGUUCCUGGCCAGUCGACCUGCAUCACCUGUUCGACGAGUCCAGAGCAGACCCGCUUCACCCAUCAAACGCGCGACCAGUGGCUCACUACACGUCUCAGACAGCUUGCAACGCCAGGCAAGCUCUGGCGUUAUACGAAAAGGCGGCGUGGAGAGCAGAAUCGACGUCAUUACGCGCGACUACGUGCCGCCGAGGACCCAGAAGCGGUCCCGGUCUCAACCAAAUCGCGACACCCGCGACAGGUUCAUCACGGCGCGCGACAUGACGGAAGAAGUCACGGCGACGCUGGACAUGAUGUCCUUGAAUCCUCAGUCGGCGUCGCCGGGACACACCGCACGUCUCGCAGCAGCAACGGGCGUCCCGAUCAACCGCCGUGUGCUUGCCUACCACGAGCCACCGCCGCCGUCAUCCUCCGACCCGCUGCUCGCUCAGGCUCGCGAGCUCGUCCGCCCGCUCUACGCGCGCCCCGGCGCUCUUCCCACCUCCACCUCGUCGUCGACAGGCAAGAGCCGCAAAAUCUCAACUACGCCGGAGCGCGUGCUCGACGCACCAGGAAUGCUAGAUGACUUCUACCUCAACAUCGUCGCGUGGGGCGCGCAGAACGUGCUCGCGGUUGCACUUGCGGAGAACACCUACCUUUGGCGCGCGGAGAGCGGCGACGUCGUGCAAUUGGGCGAGAUGCCCGAGGGCACGUACGCGAGCGCGCUCGACUUCUCUAUGGACGGCCAGUACCUCGGUGUCGGGAGCGGCUCGGGCGCGGUCGAGCUAUGGGAUGUCGAGACGCAAACGAAACUCCGCACGAUGACGGGCCAUUCGACCCAAGUCGGGUGUUUGUCGUGGAACCAGCACGUCCUCACGAGCGGAUGCGGGGACGGCAGCAUCUGGCACCACGAUGUGCGCGUGGCGCGGCACAAGGUGGGCGAGCUCACCGGCCAUGUCGGAGAGGUGUGCGGCCUCAAGUGGCGGAGCGAUGGCGAACUGCUCGCGAGCGGCGGGAACGACAACGUCGUGAACAUCUGGGACGGCCGCAUCGGCGAUGUCGCUCCCGGGACACGCGCGGGUGCGCGGUGGACGAAGCGCAACCACACCGCCGCUGUCAAGGCGAUUGCGUGGUGCCCGUGGCAGCCGUCGCUGCUCGCGUCCGGCGGCGGCACGUCGGACGCGACGAUCCACAUCUGGAACACGACGACGGGCGCGCGGCUACACUCGGUGGUGACACCGUCGCAGGUGACAUCGUUGCAGUGGUCGCCGCACAAGAAGGAGUUCCUGAGCACGCAUGGGUACCCGACGAACGCGGUGAUGGUACACGCGUACCCGUCGAUGGAGAAGGUGGUCGAGAUCCGCGACGCGCACGACUCGCGCGUGCUCUACAGCGCGAUCAGCCCGAACGGCGACGUCGUGUGCACGGGCGCGGGCGACGAGAACCUCAAGUUCUGGCGCGUGUGGGAGGUGCCGAAGGUGAAGAAGGGCAAGGAAAAGGAGGGGAGCAGGUCCGGCACGGGAAGCACGAGCAGCGGCAUCCUGAGCAUCCGCUAGAUCUUAGUCGGGAUCCACAGCUAUCUACAACUCGUAUUGUUUUGUCAUGCAGGUAAGCACAUGCAAACA